GCCUGCGCGGAGGGAAGGGGUGAAGGGACGGGGAACCGCGAGCGGGGGCUGCUGGCCGCCCGGGCCUCCGGGGCCGUCCUGUGAGGCCAGAGCCCGAGCCGUUUGCGGAGUCUCGACCCCGCAGUCGGAGAGGGCCCUUGGGAUCGGCCGGCGCUUCUCUGGGGAACCGAUCAGGACACGCGCGGGGGUCGGUGCGGCCCGCGUGCUAGUCUGCACCGAGCUUUUGAGCUCCACCAGCUUCUCAGCGCGGACGGGAGCGAGGCCGCGGCGACGCCCGGGCGCCCGGAGGAGGCGGCGGCUGCGCCACUAGGGACCGGCAGGCGCCUGGGGUGCGGCCCGGUCCCAGAUAUUUGGCGUUCAUACAACAUGGCAGACAUCGACAACAAAGAACAGUCUGAACUUGAUCAAGAUUUGGAUGAUGUUGAAGAAGUAGAAGAAGAAGAAACUGGUGAAGAAACAAAAAUCAAAGCGCGUCAGCUGACUGUUCAGAUGAUGCAAAAUCCUCAGAUUCUUGCAGCCCUUCAAGAAAGACUUGAUGGUCUGGUAGAAACACCAACAGGAUACAUUGAAAGCUUGCCUAGGGUAGUUAAAAGACGCGUGAAUGCUCUCAAAAACCUUCAAGUUAAAUGUGCACAGAUAGAAGCCAAGUUCUAUGAGGAAGUUCAUGAUCUUGAAAGAAAGUAUGCUGUUCUCUAUCAACCUCUAUUUGAUAAGCGAUUUGAGAUCAUUAAUGCCAUUUAUGAACCUACAGAAGAAGAAUGUGAAUGGAAACCAGAUGAGGAAGAUGAAAUUUCGGAGGAGCUAAAAGAAAAGGCCAAGAUUGAAGAUGAGAAAAAGGAUGAAGAAAAAGAAGACCCCAAAGGAAUUCCUGAAUUUUGGUUGACCGUUUUUAAGAAUGUUGACUUGCUCAGUGAUAUGGUUCAGGAACAUGAUGAACCUAUUCUGAAGCACUUGAAAGAUAUUAAAGUGAAGUUCUCAGAUGCUGGUCAGCCUAUGAGUUUUGUCUUAGAAUUUCACUUUGAACCCAAUGAAUAUUUCACAAAUGAAGUAUUGACAAAGACAUAUAGGAUGAGGUCAGAACCAGAUGAUUCUGAUCCUUUUUCUUUUGAUGGACCAGAAAUUAUGGGUUGUACAGGGUGCCAGAUAGAUUGGAAAAAAGGGAAGAAUGUCACUUUGAAAACCAUUAAGAAGAAGCAGAAACACAAGGGACGUGGGACAGUUCGUACUGUGACCAAAACAGUUUCUAAUGACUCUUUCUUUAAUUUUUUUGCCCCUCCUGAAGUUCCUGAGAGUGGAGAUCUGGAUGAUGAUGCUGAAGCUAUCCUUGCUGCGGACUUUGAAAUUGGUCACUUUUUACGUGAGCGCAUAAUCCCAAGAUCAGUGUUAUACUUUACUGGAGAAGCUAUUGAAGAUGAUGAUGAUGAUUAUGAUGAAGAAGGUGAAGAAGCGGAUGAGGGUUAUCAGCUCUUUGAAGAAGUCAAAAGCUGCAGUAAACUUUUUCAACGUUGGCUGCAGUAAAUCUUUUCAAUAAAACCUGUCUGGAUGUCUCAAGUUGUGUUGGGAAAUCUUUCAUAUUAGAAGCUUUCAAAUUAAAUUGCAUUGUCACCAAACUCUGUAAUCAUGAAAAUCUGUUGACUUAUAGAGUAACUUGUAUUAAAUUCUCCCUACAUUAUGAGCCGUUUCUUCCUAUUAUGUACCUACUUCAUGGAUGCAUUUUGAACUUUAAUAUAGGAAGGGGAAGAAGAAGGAGAUGAGGAAAAUGAUCCAGACUAUGACCCAAAGAAGGAUCAAAACCCAGCAGAGUGCAAGCAGCAGUGAAGCAGGAUGUAUGUGGCCUUGAGGAUAACCUGCACUGUAAUAGCCUAAACACAACUAUUAUUUACUUACAGCCUUAUGUUUUUGUAUUUUCUUGGUAGACUCAAGUUUUUUUUUAAAGGAAAGGAACUGAUAUUUUAAAGACCAAAUUUGUUCUACUUAGCAUUUUAACUAGUUUUUCUGCCAGAUACAUUGAAUGCACAAAUUCUCUCACGCAUGUUUGUUCAUUGCUACAUAUUUGGUUCUUCCUGGAGUAUUUUUAUCUUGUAACUACUAGAUUACAGUUAUGAAAAUGAACAGAACUGUGAAAUGAACCAGAUUUUUUGUCUUGCUAAUUUUUUUCCUGAAGAACCAAAGUAUUUUUUCAGCGGGUAGUUGAAUGGGUUUAAGUUCGCUUGCACUAGCUGUGCCUUUCAUUACUUUGUUACAGAAAUACGGUGACUUAUACUAAGACAAUUCAUCAUUUAAAAAACAAUACUUGUCAAGACAAGUAUAUGGUUAAGAAUUUCCAGUAAGACCACACCUGAUAACUUAGAUUGUUAAUGGAUUUUUGUAUUUCAGGUGACAGUUACUAUAAAGAAAUCUUAUUAACUAAUAGUAUGGUUAUUGGUUACCACAGGGAGGUGAAUAAAACCUAGUAUUUUCAGAAGUUAAGUCUCAUUAUUUUUAUUUUAACUGUACUUUUAAAAUUUAACCUCCAUUAACUAAGCAUCUUUUCUUUGUGGUAGGGUCUACCUUCUGCUUCCCUGGAAAGGAUGAAUUUACAUCAUUUGACAAGCCUAUUUCAAGUUUUUUGUUGUUUGUUUGCUCGUUUUUGUUUUUGCAGCCUAAAAUAAAAAUGUCAAAUAUAAUUUUAGUUCUCCAGAGAUAAUGUCUUAAUUUUGUACUAAUUCAGGUAGAAGCAGAGGCCUAGCUUAAAUUAUGUACCCAGUUUACUGCAUUAUUGAAAAGGGUGCCAACUUUGGAAGAGGUACUACAUCUACUAAUGAGAGAGUAUUAAAAAAGAAAACAAAAUCUUAAAUGAUUUAAUGUUUUUAAUAGAAAGAUUAAAAGGGUAAAUUUUAUUUCCUUUGGUCAGAACUAGACAAAAGGCCCCAAGCCUCUACAGUUAAUUCCAAUUCUUAUUCCUUAAAGUAUGAGUGUGUCAUUUACCCACGCCUUUUGUUUUACUAUCUAUUAAAAUGGGUAGUACUGUUUACUUAACUACCUCACAGAUGUGUUAAGGCAUAUUAAGUUAAAUUUUAUGAAAUGUUUCUCAGUCUCAUCAAAAGCUCAAAAGUUUGGACCUAUUUGUACCACAAGUAUGUGAUAUUCAGCAUUUUAUUUAUACCAAGGUCUGAUAGUUAAACUGGAAAACAAAGAUUAAGGACCUUUAUUCUGGAUCCGGUCAGGCAACCCUUGCAGAUCUUUGUGUGGCUCCUAUUUUAAUAGAAGUGGAUGGAUGAGCAACUGUUUGAAAAGGUCCAAGAAUUUUUUUUCCAGCUCUUUUAAUUAUGACCAUAUUGUAGUAAAUACUGCAGAUAUCAUGGGACUAAAGUAGAAAUAAGACCAUUUUUAGAGGGGGGGAAAUGCCAUUAAAUUAGAGACUAUAGAGCCACGUUUAAAAUACCUCAGGCUAAUUACUGUUACUUUUGCGGAUGAACUUUAAAGCUUUGACAGUGAGGAUGGACUAAUUGGGUUGUAAUUAUAGGAAGGCCUUAGAGUUCCUUCUAUAUUAUUAACUACUGGAAAUCCUUAACCAAUUGCAGUAGCUUAUGGGGGGGAAAGGGGAAAAUGCCAUGAAAACACCUGUUUUUCCUCUUUAUUUUCAAAAUGAUUUUGGUUGUUUUGAUUAGACAUUCUGUGACUUUUUUUUUCUUUUGUACCCAUAGCUCACCUGAACACAGCUUUUUCUGAACUUAAAAUUUUUAAUCUAAAGAUAGAAUCCCAUUUUUAAUGAACUUAAAGAAGUAGCAAAAUCACUAUUUUUUUUUUAUUCCUUUAGGAAAUAGCUGUUGCCAAAGUGAAGAGGUAGAUACUAUUUCAUCUUGUUAUAUAAGGGGGAAUAUGGUUUGCAGAGGAAUUGUUUUUUUAAAUAAAGUUGGAGUUUCAAGGGAUAUCAGUGUUCAUCUAUGCCAUCUUUCCAGUUUCAAAAUGGUUCUAUUCCAUUCUAGAAAUUUGACGUAUGUAAUUUGAAAUCCUUAAUAAAACUGCAUUUAAUUUUAUAAAAUGUACUGGUGAUAUUUUGGGUGGUUUUUAAAAAAGAAUGAGUAUAUACUUUUUUUUUUUUGAAAGAGUGGAGAGUAGAGAUGUUUUGAGUAGGCUAUUCAAUGCUUAGGCCAUGAUGGCCUGUAAAAUGUGUCAUUUUAAGAGCGACCUCCCAAGCUCUGCUAAAUCAUGUUUGUUAUUGGAAGACUAGACAAAGGAAUUCCCUAGUUCUACAGAUUAUACUCUGAGUUAACUAUAGAUGUUUUUGAGGCCCUUCGAAUUUUGUCUUAACAUUUUCAGUUUAUAGUAUUCUCUAGCCCAGGCAGUGACUACCAAGAAAUUCUCUAUUUCUCUCUAGAAAUGGUAAAAUCCCAUAUGAUCACCUGUAAAGUAAUGCUUAAAUUUUUUUUUUAUUCAAAUAUGGUUAUAAGCAGAGAACAACAGUUCCAUAAAUUGA